AUGCCUCCCGCUCUCAGUGACGAUGAAAUGUCAGAUUCCAGUGGCGUGGGGGCUGUAACCACGCCGCCGCCGUCAAAGCGAGGAAAGAAGGUCGGCUCUUACGCUAGCCUCAAUACCGAAAAUUCAGACGAAGCUUCAGACAGCGCGCAAGCCAAGAAACGAGGUGCGCCCAAGACUUCUGCACGAACAAAUGGUUCUGCAGCGGCCAGAUCCAUCCCGAUCAGGAAGGGCAACGGCACAGAAGACGAAGCGAGCAAAAACGGAGUCACCGACGAAAACGGCGAUGAUGGCAGCGACGACUCAGAAGCAGAGGAAGAGUAUGAAGUUGAACGCAUCAUCGGCCACAUGCUCAAUGAUGCGGGCGAUCUCUUAUUCCACGUGACGUGGAAGGGAUACAACAACCCCAAGGACUAUACUUGGGAGCCAGAGGAGAACCUAGCUGGCAAUGCGUCGGAGAUCCUUAACGAGUACAUCGCCAAACUCGGCAGUCGCGAGAACCUCUUUGAAAAACCGAACAAGGGGAAGAAGCGCGGGCGUCAGUCCUUGAGCGCAACAACACCGGCAUCAAUGCCGCCAAAACGGACGAAGAAGAACGGCGAACACCCGGCAGACCGCGAAACACCUUUGGCCGUGGAGAACCCGUUUAAGCCACCUGCAGGGAGUUGGGAAGACGAUGUGGUGGACGUGGAAAUGUACCGGAAUGGCGAGGGGGAACUCAUUGUCUGCCUAACGUGGAAAGCCGGACAGAAAUCACAGCAUCCUGCGCAACAGACGUAUAUGCGGUGUCCUCAAAAGAUCCUCCGAUUCUACGAAUCACACAUUAGCUUCAAAACCGACACUGAAUGA